AUGAACGCUGGCGACCUCAAAGUCAAGCUCAACACCGGAGCUUACAUGCCCAUAAUUGGGACUGGGUCCAUUUCAAGUUCAUCUUUUGACCUAGAGUCCCGUCAAAGGGUAAAGGAUUGGCUCUUGACUGCUCUCAAGAAUGGCUAUCGCCACAUUGACACUGCCCACCUUUACACCACGGAAGAGUACGUCGGUCAAGCUAUACGAGAUUCCGGUAUUGCAAGAGAAGAGCUUUUCGUUGCCACCAAACUCCCAUGGUGCCACCACGGUCGGGUGAAGGAGUCAUUUGAGGAAAGCUUGACGAGACUGGGGCUCGAAUACAUCGACUUACCCUUCGCAUUGGAAUACGUUGAGGGAAACCCCAUGCCAAUGAACCCGGACGGGUCGCACAGGACUACAGAGAGCGUCAAUUUCAACCAUUCGUGGGCAGAAAUGGAGAAGCUUCUGGAGACUGGGAAAGUCAAAGCUAUUGGGGUCAGCAAUUUCUCUAUCAAGACCUUGGAGGAACUCUUUAAAACGGCGAAGGUGGUGCCUGCAGUGAACCAGGUCGAGAUGCACCCCUACCUGGCCGAGAAUGCACUUAGGCAUUACUGCGUCAAGCACGGUAUUGUUCAAGGACUGAAUGUUUCCCCUUCCUCUUCGCCUUCAGGCCUCUCGGAUGUUCGGGAUGACCCUCUCAUCGUGAGCCUAGCGGAAAAGUACAAGGUUACUCCAACACAAGUCAUCUUCGCAUGGCACAUAUCUCGUGGCGACGCUCUUAUCGCGAAGAGUGAGAACAAUGAAAGACAGAAGGAGAACAUCACCAUUCCGGUCAUCUCAGAGGAGGACUUGGGAAAGAUAUGGCAUCUCGAUCGAGGGAAGAGGCUUUGCUACAUUCGAGGCUCGAAGCCUGGUGAAGUUUGUGGUUGGACGUACGAGUGGCUCGGUUGGGAGAGCUUCCGCGCCAAAGCCUAA